UAUCUACCCAGUCUGCGUACAUCACGUGAACGCAUCACAAGACCAAAGCAGUCGAGGAUUGUUUGUCAAUGACCGUCGUCCUGCUUGCUAAAGUCAUGGCGCUGCUCAAACAAAGUUGUUGUGUAGCAGGUCGUUUCUCCACAAACCAUCUGUGGCUCAGUCCCAGAUGCAUCCCACCAGUUUACACCAGCUGUUUGUCCACUGUGGUGAAAUCCUCCCCAGAGAAGAAGAAGGAGCUGCUGGAGGACGACGGGCCGGAUCUACAAGACUUCAUCUCAGGGGAUCUAUCAGAGAAAAGCAAGUGGGCAGAGUACAGAGGCAACCUGAAGAGAGAGAAGGGAGAGAGGCUGCGCCUUCCUCCAUGGCUGAAGACGGAGAUCCCCAUCGGGAAAAACUACAACAAGCUGAAGAACACACUGAGAGACCUCAACCUGCACACGGUGUGUGAGGAGGCCAGGUGUCCCAACAUUGGGGAAUGUUGGGGAGGAGGAGAGUACGCCACAGCCACAGCCACCAUCAUGCUGAUGGGGGACACGUGUACCCGUGGCUGCAGGUUCUGCUCCAUAAAGACGGCCCGUCGGCCUCCACCUCUGGACCCAGACGAGCCCUACAACACAGCCAAGGCCAUCGCUGCCUGGGGGCUGGACUACGUGGUUCUCACCUCAGUCGAUAGAGAUGAUAUUGCUGAUGGAGGGGCAGAACACUUUGCUAAGACCGUCUCCAACCUGAAGGAAAGGGACUCUCGGAUACUGGUUGAAUGUCUGACCCCUGAUUUUCGCGGUGACUUGGCGGCAGUAGAGAAGAUCGCCCUGUCAGGGUUGGAUGUGUAUGCCCACAAUGUGGAGACAGUGCGAGAACUGCAAAGGUUUGUGCGUGACCCCAGAGCAAACAUUGACCAGUCUCUGAGUGUCCUGAAGCACGCUAAAGAGGUCAAACCCAAUGUGCUCACCAAGACGUCCAUCAUGCUGGGACUGGGCGAGACUGACCAACAGGUCCUCAACACCUUGACUGAGUUGCGAGAGGCAGGAGUGGACUGUCUAACACUGGGCCAGUACAUGCAGCCCACUAAACGCCACCUAAAAGUGGAUGAAUACGUCACUCCAGAGAAGUUUGCCCACUGGGAGAAAGUUGGGAAUGAUAUGGGCUUCGUUUACACAGCCAGCGGGCCACUGGUGCGAUCCUCCUACAAAGCAGGCGAGUUCUUCCUGAAGAAUCUACUGAAUAAGAGAAAAGCAGAAGUCACUAUAGCAGAAUGAAAAGCACCAAACCAGCAGCCUCUGGAGGCUUUCUCCCUCUAGUCUGCUCACUACCUAUAACUACUAUACACAAACAGUGACAAAAUUAGCUUUACACCUGCCGUACCACAAUGCAUCAUUGUAAGCUACAGCACAGGAAACACUUUAAAUAUAUAUAUAUGAGUAGUAAGUUGCUUGAAAAAAAGAGGGCAGGUGCCCUUAAGAGUACAGACGUGACAUGAACAAGACCUCAUGUAAGUACAGGGACCAUUCUGUUCCUUCUUAAUGUACUUGUCCUCCACGUUUCACCUGUGACGACCCAGAGGUCUAACGUUUUAGGGAGAGGAGAUCAAAGAGAACAAGCAGCAGAUAUGUAGACAAACUGAGUACAGACUGUCCAUGUAACCCUGCCAGGAGAAAGUACAACCUGGUGUUAGCAGUGGUUGUAAUUUGCCGUCUCUGCACCUCAGGGGGCUCCUAAAUCACAUCCAUCAUGACCUCCCUCGCCUCAGGGGCCCUGGACCUCUGAUAGAGAGCUACUGAUCUUUAACCGCACGCUCCGUUUAUGAGCUCUUUGAUGUCUGCUGCUUCAGGACGGAUUUAAUGAAGCGUUUAGUUUUUUUUGGUCUGAGGGUUCUUGCAGCAGCUCCAUGAUACAAAAAAUAAAUAUAUGGCUGUAACACUGUCGAACGCUACGUCUUAAAUUUCUAUUACGUUAGAAAAAUGAGCCCAAAUCAGCCUUUCGUCAGGUACAGAAGUACCAAAAGAGGUACUUUUGACUGUACAUGAUAAAGAGCCAAAUUUGGGCUCAAACUGCUUUUUCUAACGUAAAAAAUAUUUAAACUUUACACCUGAACAAGAAAGAUGUGAGUUUAUUUUGCAUACUAAUGGUUUGGACAAAAUUAAUCUUUAAAAUGUACUUUCAUAUUUAAAGAAUUAAAAGUCAUCAGUCCA